AAUGUGGUAAUAUGAAUUGGUAUAUUUUGUAAAAGUGGGUUGUUUGAUGUUCUCUUGUUUUGUGCUACAACAGCCUUGUUGGAGAGGGUACAAGCUCCCGUUUGUUUAAAUUCGCAUCCAAACUUUAAAAACAAUACCGUGAGCAUCUAAUAUUUCUGGUAUCAAGUUGAACGUAAAAGUUUAACCUGGAAGUUUGCUUAAGAGGCGCUUAAACCACGCCUCCCUCCUCCGCCGCCAACUUCUACCUGCUGCGUCGUUGGUGGAUGGGACAAAUCGACGCUGAAAUCUUAAAGAUGAGUCUUCCUGAGUGCAAAUCACCAAGGAAACAAUCCGCUGACCCUCAGCAUCUGCACUCUACAGUCGUCCAGCUGAACGUCGGCGGUCAUUUGUAUACCACCACUUUGGGGACCCUUCGGAAAUUCCCAAACUCCAAGCUUGCGGACAUGUUCAACGGGCCGCCCAAGCUUCGGAAGGAUGCUGAGGGCCGGUAUUUUAUAGACCGUGAUGGGAAGCACUUCGGCUCGAUCCUCGAGUACCUCCGCACAGAGGAAAUCCCCACCAAACAUUUGCAGGAGGUACACAGGGAAGCCGUGUAUUACGACGUAAAGCCCCUGGCCAAACUCCUCGAGGAGACGCCCCUGCUCUUCGGUGAGACCGUGGGAAGGCAGCAGUUCCUGUCCCGGGUGCGCAAUUACCAUGAGAACCUAGAGGUGAUUAUUAGGGUCGCCAGGGCAGAAGCCAUGGCCUCAAGAUACUCUACAAUAAUUAUGUGUAUUCUAAGGACAGAGGACGACCUGGCAAGGUACAAUGAUGCUAUAGACAGUCUUGACACUAAAAAGGAAUCGGUUGUGAAUUUUGGCCCUUGGAAAGCUUCAGCUACUGUAGAGGAUCUGCUGGAUUGCAUAAAAAUGGACAUAGAGGCAAAAGGAUAUAAAGUGAGCUUGAAACCACACAACGCAGAUAAGGGCUUUCUUUUUAAGAGUCAUGACUUCUUUUAUAAGCUAACAUUCACUUGGUGGUAAAUGUGGUUGUUGCCGUUCUAUAAGUAGGUGUGUAGGCAUCAUGUAUCCAAACGGGUAGCUCUGCAUACCUUGGGACUAUAAAUCUUUAAGAUCCACAAACACUUCAGAUAAGAACUGUGUGUCAGCUGUUAGUAUAUAAGACCCACCUAUGUUACUGGUGCCUGGUGAUAGCCUAACUAUUCAGGAAUAAUUGUGACCACCCUUGUUUAAUAUUGACUCUAGUUUAUAUUUGCCAUUACAAGGACUUUACAUAUACUCACUACAAAUGUACCUUACUUUUUUUUUUCUACAAGACUUCUAAAAAUGUUUCAUACCAAUAUAAGGAUGUAAUAAA